AUGAAUUCAUCGUCUUCCGGCUUUAACGUGUCGACUCUGAGUUAUCGAGACUCCUACAACACAGUCGUAGCCAAAAAUGUGAUUGUUCUGACUCUCGGCCUCAUCAUCAACUACAUCAACGGUUCCUUGAUUCACACCUUCAGGAAACACCAGAUAUUUUAUGUGAAUCCCCGUUACAUCCUCUUCAUCCACCUGGUGGUGAACGACAUGAUCCAGCUGACGACAUCAAUCAGCCUGUUUGUCUUAAGUUACAUCUUCUACAGAAUUAAUGUUUCCUUAUGUUGCCUCAUUAUGAUCUUCACUGUCUUCACCACUCUCAACACUCCAUUAAAUUUAGCUGUCAUGGCCGUGGAGUGUUACAUCGCUAUCUGUCUACCACUGCGACACGCUGAGCUCUGUACCAUCAGAAGAACAUACAUUCUGAUUGGUUUGAUUUGGGCCAUGAGUGCAGUUCCAAUGCUGCCAGAUGUCUUUAUUUUACUGGCUACAGAGCCUGUGGAGUUAUUUUAUUCCAACAUUUUUUGUCAUAGGGAUAAUCUGUUCCGUCACCCUAUCCACCUAAAAAAGAAGGAAGUUUCCUACGCAGUUUACCUGGUUGUUGUUUGGCUCACGCUCCUCUACACUUACAUCAAGAUCAUCUUAGCUGCUAAAACAGCUAAAGCAUCGAAAUCAGCUGAUGGAGACACAAACAAAGCCAGGAACACCAUCCUGCUGCAUGGCUUUCAGCUGCUGCUGUGUAUGCUCACCUACGUAGCCCAUCUGAUCAGAAAGGCUCUGGUGUACAGCUUCCCUGAAAAUAAUCAAAUUAUCAUCUUUGCCUCGUAUAUCAUCGUCCAGUUGCUCCCCAGGUUGGUCAGCCCUAUUGUGUACGGGCUACGAGACAAUACAUUCAGACAGCAUCUAAAGAAGUAUCUGCUGUGUUCAAUGAGACCAAGCAUCAAACACGGACCUCACUGA